CCCAGCUGUUUGGGAUGGUGAUUAAAAAGUUAUUUAACUUAUUUCAAAUUAAGGGGAGGCAAUUUUACGCGGGUAAAAAUGGCUACUACGAUAGAUGUAAACAGCACACUCUCUCUUUCUGACACAUCUAAAGGAAAUUGUCAUUAUAUACCGUGUGAAAUACACUUUGAUGGAAAAGCAAGGGUAUCUGAUUUCUUCCAAAAAACAAUAUGUGACGAAUCAUCAAAUGGUUUAGGAAAUAAAGAACUUGCUGCCACAUUCAGAGGACGACCUUUAAAUGGGGUAGAAGUAAACUUGCCAUCUGGAUUUACGGGUUUAGUAUUAAAAGAACAUCACAAAAGAACAACAGAAGAUGAAGAGAGAAAAUUGAUAGCUACACACUCAUUUGAUAAAUUUACACACUGGAAUUUAGACAAACAACCAACUUCUGAUGAUUUGAUACAAAGGGCCUUGCAAUGGGUUGACAUCUCCUCCGCUCUGCAUAAACCAGUCAAAAUGGACUCUGAUCAAAGUAGCAGCCAGACAAGCAUGAAGGGACAUUAAGAAUUACAAUUUUUAAGUAUCUGUAACAAGUUCAAUUAAACUAAGAAAGAAUCAGUACUGGUACUUUAAGAACCACAUAGUUUAUUU